AUGUCAGAGAUAUAUAUUGUAAUCAAAAAUUUUACAAGUCGUCUUUCAGAUGAACUUACAUUAAAGAUUGGUGAUAAAAUAGAAGUAUUAAGUGAUGAUUCAGAAUAUAAUGAUGGUUGGUAUUUUGGUAAAAACUUAUUAAGUGGAGAAGUUGGUUUAUACCCUGCGUCUUUUACAACAAAAUUUGAUGCUGAUGUGAAACCAACUAUUAUGAGAUCUAGAUCACGUUUGAAUAAAGCUAAUGUAUUACCUAAUAUGACUAUUAAUUCAUCAGAAAAAUCAGUUGAAAAUGUAUCGACAGAGAAGUUAUCACCAGUAUUGGAUAAAAAUGGUACAGAUAAAUUUUCGCCAAUAUUGAAUAAAAAUAAUACAACAGAUUCAUUUGAAAAAUCUACAACUCAUACGAAUCAAACAACUAAUUCCGCAGUUGGUAGUAAUGUUUUACAUUGGACACCAGAAGAAGUAUCAACAUAUUUAAAAUCUCAAGAUAUAGAAGAAUCAACUGCUAAUUUAUUUAUUAAACAUCAAAUUAAUGGUGAAAUUUUAUUGGAAUUAGAUCUUGCACACUUAAAAGAAGAACUAGAGAUUGCAAGUUUUGGUACCAGAUUUAAAAUUAAUAAAUUAAUUCAAGAACUUAAAACGAAAUUAAUGCAAGAAAAUGAUAUUUCUUCUACUUCGAAUAAAUCAAAUGAAUCACCAUAUACUGAAACAACUACAACAACCACACUCAUGCCAUCUGCUGAUUUUAAAAAACCUACUGAAGAAGAAUUUUUUAAAAGGACGUCUAGUGUUUAUGAUAAUAGAGCAAGUGUUAAUGGUCAUAAAAGGCACAGUUCGUUAUUUUCCUUUUUAAAUGAAAGUAAUUUAAAUGAACCUUUUAAUGAUACAACUUUAAGUUCCCCACCAAAAAUUAAUGCAUCAGCAGAUCAAUAUUUAGAUAUUGAUAAUACUGAAUUAAGUCCAAGAAAAAGAGUUGAAGUUCGUUCACAAAGUGAAAGCGCAGCUAUUACAAAUUUAUCUAAUCAAAGGCCUGGUGCUUCAAGAUUAAAAAGUUUAAGAACUACAUCUACUCAAAAUUUUAAAAAUUUCACAGGUUCAAGAAAACUGAAAACUUCAGCUUUUCAAGAAGGUAUACGUGAUAUUACACCUGAUGAAGCUAUUAAAUCAGCAAAUUAUUCAGGUUAUAUGUCAAAAAGAUCAAGUAAUACAUUAGCAUGGAGAACAAGAUAUUUUACAUUACAUGGAACAAGAUUAUCAUAUUUUACAUCAUUAAAAGAUAAAAGAGAAAAAGGUUUAAUUGAUAUUACAGCUCAUAAAGUUAUACCAAUAAAUAUUGAAGAAGCUGAAAAAUCAGAUAAAUAUGCUGCAAUUUAUGCAUCUACAACAUUUGCUGGUAAUUUUUGUUUUAAAUUAGUUCCACCAGCACCAGGUUUUAAAAAAGGUUUAACAUUUACCCAACCAAAAACUCACUAUUUUGCAGUUGAAUCAGAACAAGAAAUGAGAGGUUGGGUAAAAGCAUUAAUGACUGCAACUAUUGAAUUUGAUGAUAGUGUACCAGUUGUAUCAUCGUGUAGUACACCAACAGUUAGUUUGUUAAAAGCACAAGAGUUAUUAGCAAAAGCAAGAGAAGAAAAUAAAUUAAAAGAUGAAGAAUUAAGAUCAAAAGGUUAUUUAAGAGAUCAAGAAGAAUUUAUAACAAAUGAAGUACCAAAAUUAACAAUAGAUACAAAGAAAUUAUCAUCACCAAAAACUCCACAAUUGACAAAAUCGACAAGUCAAAAUGGAUUUGCAUCACCAUAUUUAUUAGCUUCGGGGUUGUUAUCACCAAGAUCAGGUAAUCAAAGUUCACCAAAUGAUUCAGGAUCUGGUUACUUUGAGAGAUCCAAUUCUCAACCACCAUCUAGACAGAAUUCCCAAAUGUUAAGUUAUACAAGUGAUGGAUCAGAAUCUCAUACAUUUUAUAUGAAUAAAAAAAAGUAG